AUGAUGUGGCAAUUCUACGCGGGAAAAUCAGUCUUCAUCACGGGUGCCUCAGGCUUCGUUGGCACUGCGGUUGCCUUUCGCCUUCUCUCGCAGACCUCAAUCUCUCAUCUCUUUCUCUUAUGUCGAGGCGGGCUUGCGCAUCUCGAGGAAAGAUGGAGUAGAUAUCUACCUCCCAAAUACAUCGAUUGCCUCCAUGAUCCUGAGUUAGUAACGGUCAUCCAAGGCGAUAUCAUCAGCCCCGAUCUGGGAGCUUCCGAGACCGAAUUGCAGUUGGUACGCGACCAUGCCAACAUCGUCAUCCACGCCGCUUCGUCUAUAAAUCUUGGUCAUUCAUUGAAGUCACUGGCCAAUCCAAUCAUCCAUGCCAGUCAGAAUGUCGCCAAGUUUGCUCUCGAAUGUCCAGAAUUGGAAAGUUUUGUCUACGUCUCUACGGCUUAUGCGAACUCCUUCCUCUAUCCAGAAUCCAAGAACUGUGAUCCUCGGGUGGAGGAGGCAAUCUAUCCACUCGGCAGGGGGAGGGAAACAAAUCUACGACAUGAGUGGAUGCAGGUACAGAAAUACGGGCACUCAAUGGAAUUUGGCACGUAUAAUUUUCCCUGGCCUUACGGGUAUGCUAAGCACCUUGCAGAAAGACUAGUGACGGCACUCUUUGCAAAAUCCAACAAAUCCCUCCAACUGCUCAUCGUACGUCCGUCAGUCAUCGGUCCUGCUCAAAGCUUCCCUUACCCCGGUUUCAGUGUGCCCAGAUCUACACCCACCACUCUUUUGGCCGCCGGUCUUGUUCUCUCCCCUUCCUUCACAAUGCAGAUGUCUUCUAGGUCAAAUAAACCGGAAACGCAAUCAAGCAUUGACGAGGUGCCCGUGGACGUCGUUGUCGAUCGGCUGUUGUGCCAUCUCGCCAUGGGUACUGUUGGGCCAAUUCAUGCGGUUACUGGGAAACGAAAGAGUUUCACAUUUCGAACGUUCUGGGAGGAGGCCAUUCCGUUGCGGAGAAUACCAUGGGUCCCUCGCAAGGCGUGGCUUGAUGUCGACUGGCGAUCACCCGAGUUGAAUACCCUUGCUCGAAUAUAUGUGAUCUAUGCUGCAUCAUACGACUUUUCCGAUGAGAGAACAAUCCGUCUUUCUGAGAAUAUGGGAGAGAAGGAAAAGAUAGGACUGCAGCUCUUUCGUGCUGGCAAUGGACAGGAGGUUGGGCUUGCGUCAAGAGAAGCCGAGAUACUGGCAUGUGCACAGUGUAUUGCAAGACGUACCGUCUUCGGGUGGAUCUUGUGGUGGUUGUUCUAUUCUUCGUGGUUCCCUUUUUGA